CUCAAUGUGGGACAGCCCUGCAGGUUAACUGUAGGAAGUUACAGUGACAGUACCGCUAACUCGGGACGAGGUGUGUCUGAGGGCAGGGACGCAGCACGGCACAUUUCCUGCAGAGCUACACAAUAUUGUUACUCAACCAUAGCUUAGCUGCUGCAAUAAGACCCACAAUGCUUUCCAUCACAGCCACCGUCACCAGGAGCUCCCGGGUCGCCCAGUGCGUGAGGCUGCUGCACUCUUCUCCUGUCGCCAAAAUGCCCAUUCAGGUUGGUGAACAACUCCCUGCAGUGGAGGUCCAGGAGGGGGAGCCAGGGAAUAAGGUGGCUAUGGAUCAGCUCUUCAAGGGGAAGAAGGGAGUCCUCUUUGCUGUACCUGGAGCUUUUACCCCUGGUUGUUCCAAGACUCACCUCCCAGGUUUUGUGCAGCAGGCUGAGGACUUGAAGAGUAAAGGUGUACAGGAGGUCGCUUGCAUUUCUGUCAAUGACGCAUUUGUCAUGGCUGCCUGGGGAAAGGAGCAUGGAGCAGAUGGCAAGGUUCGAAUGCUGGCUGAUCCCACUGGAGCUUUUGCAAAGGCUGUUGACCUGUUACUUGACAGUGAUCAGAUUGUGCAGGUACUUGGGAACAAGCGAUCCAAGAGAUAUUCCAUGUUGGUGGAAGAUGGAGUUGUGAAGAAGAUCAAUGUGGAGCCUGAUGGCACCGGGCUGACCUGCAGCCUGGCGUCCAAUAUUCUGUCUGAUCUGUAGGAUUAUUUAGAGCUUAUUUAACCAAACUGCAAACACUGAGUUACUGUAAAAGUUGCACUAACAAAGCUCAUUACCUACCAACCUGUUCAAGCUUCCUCCUUUUCCCAAAGACGGAUGCAAAUGUCACAUGGAUGCUAGUGUUAAAAACAGAGCUGGAAGGUAAUUAAUGCGCACAACUAUGACAUUAAUGGCAAUCCAAAGUAACAUUCAUCGUCCUCUCUGUACUGUUUACUUGUGAGCAAAUAAAAGUCACCCUGAAAGCAAUAA